GAGACCACCAAAGGCCUCGCCCGUGCCUGCACACACGCCACUCUUGUCCCUUUGUCAGCCUGUCUCGUGCAACCACACGUCUGGGGUCUGAGCGUUGAGCAUUGAGCGCGACCCGCAACCCCCGAAUUUGACAUUACAAGACACCAUUCGCCCACUGCGCUGCCCCAAAUUCUCCUAGUGAUCUCGUUGCGCACUCUGUCUGCGUAGAUCGAACCCUGACGCGACGCCCACCAUGGCCUCAGACAAGCCUGCAGUCCUCAUAAUAGGCGGACUCGGCUACACCGGACGACACCUCUGCAAGUACAUCUACGACAACAACCUCGCUUCCCAAUUACGUAUCGUCGACAAGCAUCUGCCAGAGUUGGCAUGGCUGGCCCCAGAGUUCAAGGAGGCUUGCUCGAGGGAGCGCUUCAUCCAGGCGGACGCGGCACAAGAACGAUCCCUACCUCGAAUAUUUGAUCGUGAGGGUGGCGGCGAAUUCGACUAUGUAUUCAACUGUGGUGGCGAGACACGCUUUUCUCAAGAGGAAAAGGUCUACGAACUUCGCUCCUAUGGCCUUUCCAUGAACAUUGGCCGCGAGGCUGCAAAGCGCAAAGUAAAAUGCUUCGUUGAACUUAGUACCGGCAUGGUCUAUAAACCAGAGAACAUACCCCACAAAGAGACUGACAAGACGAAACCCUGGUCGAAUCUGGCAAAGUCGAAGCUCAAGGGCGAGGAGGAUCUAGCUAAGAUUGAGGGCUUGAACCUCAUGAUUAUGCGCAUGGCUCACGUCUAUGGCCCGUACACGAGCAAGUUUUUCAGCACGGCGCUGUGUAUGGCGAGAGUAUACCAGAGCAUGGGCAAGGAGAUGCGCUUCCUCUGGAAGGAAGAUAUGAAGACAAACUUGGUGCAUAUUGAGGACGCUACAAGGGCCCUCUGGCAUGGUGCGCAGUGGUAUGUCAAGGGACCGCCCGCCCGCCGACCACCGCCCAUUUUCAACAUUGUGGACCACGGAAAUACCUCACAAAAAAACACGGCCGAGUUCAUGGGCGAGAUUUUCAACAUCAAGACUGGCUUCCACGGUACCCUCAUCUCCGCCUUUGCACGACUAAACCUCGACCACGUCGUCGACGAGGUCAAUGAAGAAACACUAGACCCUUGGGCAGAGCUGCAGUCAAGGGCCGGUAUCAGCCAGUCUACACCGCUGACACCUUAUAUGGAAAAGGAGCUGCUUAAAGACGCGGAUCUGUGCAUGGAUGGUAGCCUUUUCGAAAAGGAAACCGGGUUCAAAUACAACGUGGAGAAGUGCACGAGAGAGAAGGUCGAGGAGGUUAUUGAGAGCUACAAGAGAAUGGGUUGGUGGCCGUAGCUUGGCUGCUAUCUAUUACUGCGCUCGCUCCCUUUACCAUAUCACAUUCCAACGAUACCCUUUCUCUUACCACAACCUCUAUUGGCCUUGUCGUAGUCAUCUUCUUAUUUUUUUUAUUAUUAUUUACCUGCUCUCUCGCCCUCUCGACCUAAACCCGCAUAAAAUAUGUGUUCCUCUCCUCCCCU